AUGUCUACCUCCGUCGUACCAAAGGCCCUGUGCAUAUUCUGGUUCAAUAUGAAAGGCAUUACAGUGGGUGGCUGCCUCACCCAGAUGUUUUUCCUUCACACGCUUUCUAUUACGUAUUCAGCCAUCCUUGUGGCAAUGGCCUUCGAUCGCUACGUUGCCAUAUGUAACCCUCUGAGAUACGCCAUCAUCCUCACCAAUGCACGAACAGCUAAGCUAGGUCUGGUGUGUUUGACAAGAGCUGUUCUCUUCACUUUUUCUGGAAGUCUGCUCCUGAUAAAACUACAAUUCUGUGCCAGCCACAUUAUUCCCAACACGUACUGUGAGCACAUAGCUGUGGCAAAGUUGUCGUGUGGGGACAUCACAGUCAACCAGGUGUAUGGCUCUGUGGUAGCAUUUUUAGUCAUCGGGUUUGAUGUGAUGCUCGUCGUCCUGUCCUAUAGUCUGAUCCUCAGGGCUGUCCUCAGAAUAUCCUCCAAGAAAGACCACCAGAAAGCCCUCAACACCUGCACAGCCCACUUCUGUGUGAUGCUACUUUCUUAUAGUUCCAUCCUCUUCUCCAACCUGACUCACAAGUUUGGUCAGGGCAUCGCUCCCCACAUUCACAUCCUUUUGGCCAACCUUUAUUUCAUCAUCCCCCCCAUGCUCAACCCCAUCAUUUAUGGGGUGAAAACCAAAGAGCUUCGCGACAAGGUGCGCAAGUUCAUCUGCAGACGGUGA